GGUUAUUCUAUGUCAGUUGAUAAAAUGUGUUUGUGAAGGAAGGUUGUACGAAAUAUCGUUCGGGUGUUAUUUUUUAAUCGACAUUUUGUAUUUAGUAAUACGUUAGGAGUUUAGUGUGUUUGGUGAUCGAGCGAGCCGUUUUCGCAUUCUUGUCGGGUGGGAUUCAUUCGAUCCCCGAUUCGUGGAACACACUCGCACAAAACACGGUGACGAUGACGCUGUGGGAACCCAACGAUCAUUAAGCCACCCAAAUGGGUGCCAAUAUGGGCAAGAACGCGUCCCUAUUGGACGCCCUGCCGUCCGGCCAGAGCACCCUGCACGUCGUCAUGCUGGGCCUCGAUUCGGCCGGCAAAACCACCGCCCUCUAUCGCCUCAAAUUCGACCAAUACCUCAACACCGUCCCCACCAUCGGCUUCAAUUGCGAGAAGGUCAAGGGCACCAUCGGAAAGGCCAAAGGCGUGAAUUUCCUGGUGUGGGACGUGGGCGGGCAGGAGAAACUGCGCCCCCUGUGGAAGUCCUACACCCGGUGCACCGACGGCAUCGUGUUCGUGCUGGACAGCGUCGACAUGGAGCGCAUGGAGGAGGCCAAGAUGGAGCUGGUGCGGACGGUGAAGGCGCCCGAGAACCUCGGCGUGCCCAUUCUGGUGCUGGCCAACAAGCAGGACCUGCCGGGGGCGCGGGAGCCGCGCGAGCUCGAGAAGCUGCUGGGGUUGGGCGAGUUGGGGGGCGGCGGGGGAGGGGCGCCCGGGGGGCAUUUGUGGCACGUGCAACCGGCCUGCGCUAUAACGGGGGACGGGUUGCACGAGGGUUUGGAGGUUCUGUACGAGAUGAUAUUGAAGAGGAGGAAAUUGGCGAAAGAGCGGAAGAAGAAGGGUAGAUGAAGUUUGGUGAUGUUGGAUUGAGUUGAUUUGAUUGAUCGAGCUUCGAGUUUGUGGAGUGUUUAUCGAAGGGCCCCGCUUUGGGGGUGUGUAUCGUAUUGUAAUGUACCAAACGACGGUUUUUUUUUUUUACAAUGUUGUAGUCCAAACGACGGUUUGUUGUUUCGCGUGUAGUGUUUUUUUGUUUUAAUAAUGACGAACGUUUGAUGGUACGAAAUUUUUGUAAAUAAGUCAAUUGGAUUGGAUGAAAUGAGUACCGGAAAUGAUGUACUUUUAGUACCAACCUAGUCACGGUCGAACGGCUCAAUAUUUAUUUAUUCCAAUGAAAAAUAUAUUUAAAAAAAUAAACGAAUAUAGACUGCGUAUGAUUUAAUUUUUUGUAAAUAGUUUCGUGUCAAAAAAAAAACAAACACAAUUUUUGUCGUUAUACUCCGUUCGCUAUCGGGAGAUGCCAGAUCUCGAACGGAGUAUAAUAUUUCGUUUACAACACGCAAAAAUAUUCUAAAUGUACAUGUGUAAGCGUUUUUUUUUUUCUUCUAACGAGCUUUUUCUAGGCCGCAGGAAAUUUUUUCGGAAAAAUACGAAAUAUGUUACAAUAUUUUUAGAAUUUCGAAGUGACCUGGACGGAUCGCUUUGCCAAAAAUUUGCGAUGAGCAAAGCGGAUUUUCGAAAUGGUUCUCGGCGUAUUUUCCGCCGAAAAUUCUCCAGUUAAAUAUGCAAAAAAUUCGAUGUUAAAUAAUAAAAUAAAAGAACCGACCAAUCGCAUACAAACAGCUUGAUAUUUUCUAUCUAUAGUGCGUUCAAUAUAAGAUUUUGACGAUGACGUCACGCUUUAGUUUACUUGAACGUACUUUACUGUGUUUAUUCUCUAUUACAUAAAAUAAUCGGAUAGUGCAAUAUAUUUGACGAUGACUUGAUGUCUUGUUUAUAAAAUAGAUAUUGUAUUGUUUAUCCCUUCUGUUUUGUAUGUUUUUAAUUGUUGUGUUUACCUUCCUAUUUUGACUUUAUCCGAGUUGAAUUUUUUAGAUAUAUUAUUAUUAUUAUUAUUAAAGAGUAUUGUUAUAUUAUUAUAAGACUUGGCCAUGUUUAUAUUUCCUGUAAAUAUGUACCUAAUAAUUAUUAUUUCUAAUAAAAUUGUUUGUUUUUUUAUAU